AUGAUCCUGCGGCCUGGGCGAGAACCCGAAGCUGUCGCCAUUAUUGCGGAUGGCGAUGAAUUCAGGUCGUCUUCAGUUGCCGAAAUAGGUCGUCAAAUACGAUCGAUAUGCGAGAAGAAGCCCAAGUUGGUCGAUUUAAGCCGAGAACUAUACCAUCGAAGUCCAGCUCACCCAUUCCAUCCGCCUGUGAUCAUAACGCCAUGGGAUACCCAUCAACCCAAGCAAGCUGGCAACACGGUCCUACGCUCCGCCUCAUAUGCAAUCUCCAUGUCAGAUCAUGCGGGAACUCACGUUGAUGCACCAAGGCAUUUCGAUCCAACCCCUGGAGCCUUGUCCAUCGAUCAGAUGCCAUUGGAGAACUUCUAUACCUCUGCGAUAUGUCUCGAUCUAUCGCACGUCGAGCUUAAAGCUACCAUCAGUGUGGAAGAGAUGGAAGACGCUUUGUCCAAGUCUGGUGAGGAGAUAAAAGAUGGCGAUACAGUCCUUCUCUACAUGGCUUUCAACAAGCGGAUACCGUUCAGUGACCCCAGAUGGCAGCACGACUUCCCUGGGUUGUCGCUCGAGGCCGUGUACUGGCUUGCAGAUAAGGGGUGCAAAAUCUUCGGUGUCGAGGCUGUUAGCCCUGCCCCUGAAGGCGAGCCGAACUUCCAAGCACGCAAUGCAUGUGGAGAGAGGAACAUCACGCAUAUUGAAGGAUUGGACAAUCUUGAGCAAGUCGUUGGCAAAGGCAGGUUCAGAUUCAUUGGCUUCCCUCUCAAGAUAAAAGAAGGGAGUGGUGGUCCUAUGAGGGCUGUUGGUCUAUUUGAAUGA